GGUUUCCGCUAGCGGUUCAGCAAAAUGGCCAAGGGCAAGUCCGAAAAACGUACCAAAUCUGCAAUCAAUGAAGUUGUUACACGUGAGUGUACGAUUCAUUUGAACAAACGUCUCCAUACAGUUGGAUUCAAAAAGCGUUCACCAAGAGCUAUCAAAAUCAUUCGUAAGUUUGCUGAAAAGGAAAUGAAUACAAAGGAUGUUCGUAUUGAUACUCGCUUGAAUAAGGCGAUCUGGUCUCGUGGUAUCAGAAAUCCACCUUUCCGCAUUCGUGUCCGCCUCUCACGUCGCCGUAAUGAUGAUGAAGAUUCACCUAAUAAAUUAUACACAUUGGUCACUUACGUUCCAGUCGAGACCUUCAAGGAACUUCAAACUGAAAACGUCGAAUCGGAAGAUUAAAUUGAUUUGUAUUCUGUAAGUUCUGAUUCCUUGUGAGCGAUGCUCAACAUCAAAAAGCAUCAAAAUAAAUUUUACUAAGAAAUCAAGAAAAA